AUGGAUUCUGCGGAGAUGGAUGUUGAAUUUGAAACACCGUCCAAGUGUUUGAUAUUACUUUGUUUAAUAUGGAAGUUUUUCAAAUGUAUAUUUUCACAUGUGACACUUGUAUCACUUGUCGUAGCUUAUUGCGUUCUCGGUGCUUGGGCCUUUGAAAGACUUGAAUCUGGUCAUGAGAAAGACGUGAAGCGUAGCAUCAAAGAUAUCCGGGGUAAUGUAACCGAAAAGUUAUGGAUAAUGACACAAUCAGCGGAGAUACUUAUAAGAAAAAAUUGGACGGACGAUGUAGUUGAAAAAUUGCGGGCUUUUGAAACAGAUCUUUUAAAGAAAAUGAAAAAAGACGGUUGGGACGGAAGCGAAGAAGAGGACAAUAUUCAGUGGACGUUUGCCGGUGCUCUAUUUUACUCAAUAAUUGUUAUCACAACUAUAGGAUACGGUCACAUAUCUCCAAAGACUCCAAACGGCAAGGUCGUAACUAUUUUCUAUGCUAUACUUGGGAUUCCCCUGAUGUUGCUAUGUCUAUCGAAUAUCGGGGAUGUCAUGGCCUCAAGCUUCAGAUUUCUUUACUGGAAAAUUUGCUGCUACAUUUGCACACGACCGCCUAAGCCAAGGCGAGUUCGGAGCAGCUACUUAGCUCGAGGAUACAGCGUUCGUCAGGGGUCUGGCCGAGCUGGAUCACGACCAGCGUCAUUACGUAGGUCCGUUAGGGCGAGUCAUAAAUCGACAGACUCGGCUCUUGGUAAUUCAGGAAGCAUGCCCCGAUCAACACACUCCGAGACAGUCGGAGCUACAGGAGAGGCUCAUCGAUUUAAUCCUCCGCGUCGUUACGACGUCGAUGGCAACUUUAAUGACUUUACAAAGCGAUCCACUCUGGCGAGUACCAGUGGCUCACCUCGUCAACAUCAUCUCCAUCAGUCAAUUAGUCCCACGAGACACACUUGCGAGCUACCAAGUACAUCUAGAAUCGUCACUGCUAACAGUAGGUUGUCCCGCAGUGGGACAGCGACCUCGCACAAUGUUCCCGGGGCAACUCAACUCAGGCCAGAUAACCUCGCGUUCUCCACAUUGCCUCGGGUCGAUCGAUCAGUGAUAGCACCACGCAGAUGUUGCUCGGUGGAUCCUUCGGUGGUCGCCAGCGAGCCAAGUCCAUAUCUCGAAGUCUCACGACCUAGAAGAGCUUUUCCCACCGCUGGUUCUUCAAUACGCCGUCCUCGCAGCAAUCUCAGCACUAUUUCUCGAACGGCCAGAAAAGAAGCACCAUCACCGCGUAUCAUGUCCCCGAUGGGUUUCGCCGUUCAUCGUCAAACUUACGCCGAUGAUAUUGAGUAUGACGAGUACUAUAUGCCCGCGGAAGACCAAACAACCAAGCCCGUGCCUAUUUGGCUCUGUGUGUUCUUGGUCGCUUUGGUGAUUUCGUACCAGCUCACAGACUUCAUGCACACCAAGGAAUAGCGCUGUGCUCGCUCUACCUCCUCUUCGGUAUCGCCCUACUUGCAAUGAGUUUUAAUUUGGUUCAGGAAGAAGUAAUAACAAAUGUUAAGAGCGUCGCCAAGCGACUGGGAAUCAUUAAGGAGGAUGAAGAUGAUGAUGAAGAUGCUAUCGAUGACGACUUUGAGGUCAUUAACGACGAAUAUGACGACGGAAACGCCUCCGAGUAUGUUGAUUAUCAUCCCAGUAAUCAUCGCGAUUACAAUUACAGUCACCAUGAUCUCGAAAUGUCCUAG